AUGUCUUACAAGGAAGCCAUGAGCUUUGAAUGUCUUACUAGAAAUCCAGGAGCUAAGGUAGGGCGAGAUCGUCCAAAGCUUUCACUGGAAGGAUUACAAAAAAAGCCACCAUCCAGCAGCAAAAGUCCACUCCCACGCACCCUAACCCUGGGCCGGCGUCCUGUUGACCCUGACGGCGAGCUCUCAGAAUCCUGGGAAGUUUGGCGUCUUCGAAGGCGGCGGAGCCGGGGCGCCUCAGAGGGUUCCCGAGGCCCGUCGAGCCCGCGGAGGUUACCUCCAACGGCUGACGCGUCAGCCUUCGCCUCGCGCGCCGGUCUCGGGCUUCACGGAAAUGAAAACAAGCCAAGAGUAAAACAAAACCAGCACAAAUCCCCAAGUCAAAACAGCUACAAUCAAAUUCAAGGAAAGCAAAGCACCAGUGUCCAUGCUGUAAAAGAAGCUCCCAAGAUGGCUGCUGCCAGUGUCCAUGUCCCCAGAGUGAGCCACAGCUGCCUACUGACUCUCCGAAGACUCUCCAAUACCAGCAGCCUCAGGGUCCCUCCAGGUCCUGACACCAUCUGCACUUCUGAAAGUCCAGGCCACGCGAACUGCCUGGAGAUUGAGGAUCACUCUGGAUUUCUGGGAUACCGAUGUAGAGAUGAUCUCUUCAGAUGGGACUGAAAUAUAGGCCCAAGGUUCUCGUCUUUUUCCUACUGCAACGUGAGUGAUGGGUGAUGUUCACAACCAUGCCGCUCUUUCAUGAUCUAUCCAGAUAUUGAAAAAUAUCUGAAAAUAUUUUAUGGAAAAAAAAUAAGAAAGUAGUACUACCGACUUUUUCUUCUUGUUUUUUUUUUUUUU